AUGGGUAUUCUGGAAAAGAUCGCCGAUAUUGAGAAGGAGAUCUCGAAGACUCAAAAGAACAAGGCUACGGAGUAUCACUUGGGUCUGUUGAAGGCCAAGUUGGCCAAAUACCGUGUCCAGCUCUUGGAUCCCGGCAAGGCUGCCGUCAAGGGAGAGGGAUUCGAUGUCAUGAAAUCGGGAGAUGCUCGAGUGGCGCUCAUUGGAUUCCCCUCGGUCGGAAAGUCUACGCUCCUCAACAAAUUGACCAACACCCAUUCGGAAGCCUGCGCCUACGAGUUCACAACGUUGACCUGUAUCCCCGGAAAGAUUGAGUACAACGGAGCCAACAUCCAGCUUCUGGAUCUUCCCGGUAUUAUCGAAGGAGCCGCCCAGGGCAAAGGACGUGGUCGUCAGGUUAUCGCUGUCGCCAGAACGGCAGAUUUGAUCAUGAUCAUGUUGGAUGCCACCAAAUCUGCUUCUCAGAAGGAACUCCUGGAGGCUGAAUUGGAAGCCGUCGGUAUCCGUCUGAACACGCAACGGCCCAACGUCUACUUCAAGAUCAAGACUGGAGGCGGAAUUAGUUUCAACGCCACAUGCAAGCUCACCACCUUGACGGAAAAAAUGGUCUACCAUAUCCUUCACGACUACAAAAUUUUCAAUGCCGAGGUCUUGAUCCGUGAGGAUAUCACCGUUGACGAGUUCAUCGAUGUCGUCCUCGGCAACCGCAAAUACAUUGAUGCCAUCUACUGCUACAACAAGAUUGACUCGAUUACGAUCGAGCAGAUUGACGAGUUGGCCCGUACACCCAGGACUGUUGUGAUGAGUUGUGAGAUGGAUCUGAACUUGGAUUUCCUGGUGGAGACGAUCUGGAAGAACUUGAACCUGCUGCGCGUUUAUACGAAAAAGAGAGGCGAGUACCCCGAUUUCGAGGGUGGCUUGAUUAUCCGUGCCGGAUCCACCAUCGAGCAUGUGUGUCACGCUAUUCACAGAUCGUUGGUUGCAGAAUUCAAGUACGCGCUUGUUUGGGGUCGUUCUGCAAAGCACAACCCUCAGCGUGUGGGUCUCUCUCACUUAGUGGACAACGAUGACGUUAUUCAAGUUGUCAAGCGUCGUUAA